CAUUUCCUCGAGGAGGCGGGACUUGGGGGGCGUGAAGAAAACGCGCCGCAAGAAGAAGGAGGCAUAAGUCGGUUCCUCCCGUUCUCUCGGCCGGCAGCAUCAUGGCUAGCCACCCCCAGCCCCAGGAGGAGACCCUCCAGGCUCUCCGAGACGUGGCCAAUCGCCUGAGGAUCCACUCCAUCCAGGCUACUUGUGCCUCCAAUUCUGGUCACCCCACAUCUUGCUGCAGUGCAGCCGAAAUCAUGUCUGUGCUCUUCUUCUACACGAUGAAAUAUAAACCAACAGAACCAGGAAAUCCAAGCAAUGACCGGUUUAUUCUGUCAAAGGGUCAUGCUGCUCCGAUCCUGUAUGCUGCCUGGGCUGAGGCUGGGGAUGUGAACCAAGCUGAUCUUUUGAACUUGAGGAAGAUUGACUGUGACCUAGAGGGCCACCCUACUCCGAGACUUUCAUUUGUUGAUGUGGCAACUGGUUCUCUUGGGCAGGGACUUGGUGCUGCCUGUGGAAUGGCUUAUACUGGAAAAUAUUUUGAUAAAGCCAGUUACCGGGUGUACUGCCUCAUGGGAGAUGGAGAGUCCUCAGAAGGCUCUGUCUGGGAAGCUUUGGCUUUUGCCUCUUACUACAAGCUGGACAACCUGGUGGCCAUCUUCGAUGUGAACCGUUUAGGACAAAGUGAAGCUGCUCCUUUGCAGCACUGCACAGAUAUCUAUCGGAAGCGCUGUGAAGCUUUUGGGUGGAACACCUAUGUUGUGGAUGGUCAUGCUGUGGAACAACUAUGUGAAGUCUUUUGGCAGGCAACUCAAGUGAAAGACCAGCCUACUGCUAUAGUUGCCAAGACCUUCAAAGGCCGUGGUAUUCCAAACAUUGAGGAUGCAGAAAACUGGCAUGGCAAGCCUAUGCCAAAGGACAAAGUAGAUUCCAUUAUCAAGACCAUUGAAAGCCAGAUACAGAGUAAUAAGAACCUGACUCCUCAGCCACCUGUAGAAGAUGCCCCUGAAAUCAAUAUCACAGAUGUGAAGAUGCCUUCUCUACCUGCCUACCAAAUUGGGGACAAGGUGGCCACCAGAAAAGCCUAUGGCGCUGCCCUGGCCAAACUAGGCCAUGCGAAUGAUCGAGUGAUUGCCUUAGAUGGUGAUACAAAGAACUCCACCUUUUCAGAGCUGUUUAAGAAGGAGCACCCAGAACGCUUCAUUGAGUGCUUUAUUGCUGAACAGAACAUGGUAAGCGUGGCAUUGGGCUGUGCCACCCGAAACCGGACAAUUGCCUUUGCCAGCACCUUUGCUGCCUUCUUUACCAGAGCUUUUGAUCAUAUCAGGAUGGGAGCCAUCUCUCAAACUAACAUCAACCUCAGUGGUUCCCACUGUGGGGUCUCCAUCGGUGAAGAUGGGCCCUCCCAGAUGGCUCUGGAGGAUCUAGCCAUGUUCAGAACUGUUCCCAAUUGCACAGUUUUCUAUCCAAGUGAUGCUGUUUCUACAGAAUAUGCUGUUCUUUUGGCUGCCAAUACCAAGGGAAUGUGCUUCAUCCGAACCAGCAGACCAGAUACUUCGGUUAUUUACUCUCCCUUUGAAAACUUUAAGAUUGGACAGGCUAAGGUGAUCUAUCAGAGUGCCGAUGACAAGGCCACAGUCAUUGGAGCUGGAGUUACACUCCAUGAGGCUUUAGCAGCUGCUGCGGAACUUUCUAAAGAAGGUAUUUCUAUCCGUGUAAUUGAUUUAUUCACCAUCAAACCGUUGGAUCGUGCCACAAUCCUUUCUAGUGCCCGAGUAACUGAGGGGCGUAUUAUCACAGUAGAGGAUCACUAUAAAGAAGGUGGCAUUGGGGAAGCUGUGUGUGCAGCUGUUUCUGGUAUGCCUGGCAUCAGCGUUCAUCAGUUAGCAGUGUCUGGGGUGCCUCGAAGUGGAAAACCUUCAGAGUUGCUUGAUAUGUUUGGCAUUAGUUCCAGAUAUAUUGUAGACGCUGUGAAAUCAAUCGUGGCCAGCUAAAAAAAAUCAGCAUUGUCACCUUUAGUUUCAGAAUUUGACAUCUUUGUGGAGUUUUUGAAGUCACAGUUUCAAAGGUGUAGAUUUUGUUCUUU